AGCUGAAGGCCAGGAACAUUGGAGGAGGUGAAGAAGAAGCUUCCAGACCUCCUCCCUUCACCCUAGAAACCCAGGAUCCCCUAACCUCAGCCCCAGAUCGCGUCCAGAUCCAGUCCUGUUCUCUCACAGGACAAACACCAAUGGCUCCUUUUGGAAGAAACUUGCUAAAGACUCGGCAUAAAAACAGAUCUCCAACUAAAGACAUGGAAUCAGAAGAGAAGGAAAUUGUGGUUUGGGUUUGCCAAGAAGAGAAGAUUGUCUGUGGGUUAACUAAACGCACCACCUCCGCUGAUGUCAUCCAGGCUUUGCUGGAGGAACAUGAGACUACCUUGGGGGAAAAACGAUUUCUCCUGGGGAAGCCCAGUGAUUACUGCAUCGUAGAGAAGUGGAGAGGCUCUGAACGCGCCCUCCCUCCGCUGACGAGAAUCUUGAAGCUGUGGAAAGCUUGGGGCGAUGAGCAGCCGAAUAUGCAAUUUGUUCUGGUUAAAGCAGAUGCUUUCCUUCCAGUUCCUUUGUGGAGGACCGCUGAAACAAAAUUAGUCCAAAACACCGAAAAACCGUGGGAGCUCAGCCCAGCCACUUACAUGAAGACAUUACCACCAGACAAACAGAAAAGAAUCGUGAGAAAAACUUUCCGGAAGCUGGCUAAAAUUAAGCAGGACACGGCGUCUCACGAUCGCGAUCAUAUGGAGACAUUAGUUCAUCUGAUCAUUUCUCAGGACCAUACCAUUCAUCAGCAAGUGCAGAGGAUGAAAGAGCUGGACCUGGAAAUUGAAAAGUGUGAAGCAAAAUUCCACCUCGACCGGGUAGAAAAUAAUGGGGAAAAUUAUGUGCAGGAUGCAUAUUUAAUGCCCAGUCUCAGUGAAGUUGAGCGGAAGCUCGACCUGCAGUCAGAGGAAAACCAGAUUCUGGAGGACCUGAACGAAAGCGAUGACAUCGUACAGUUGGAAGAACGGCUGAAGUACUACAGAAUGCUCAUUGAUAAGCUCUCCGCAGAAAUAGAGAAAGAGGUCAAGAGUGUCUGCCUAGAAGUCAUGGAUGAUUCCGAAGGGGCAGCCGUCGGUGAAGUGGAAAGUUCUCAUCUAGAAAGUGUUAAGUGUGAUUUGGAGAAAAGUAUGAAAGCUGGUUUGAAAAUCCACUCUCACUUGAGUGGCAUCCAGAAGGAGAUUAAAUACAGUGACUCAUUGCUUCUGAUGAAAGCCAAGGAAUAUGAACUACUAGCCCAGGAGCUUAAUUCGUUUCACAUUAGCAACCAAGAUGGAUGCCAGUUAAAGGAAAACAGAGGGAAGGGAUCUGAAGUCCCCACUAACAGUGGAGAGGUCCUGCCCUUGACACAAAGGGUAUUUAACACGUAUAUAAACGAUACAGAUUCAGACACUGGCAUCAGCUCUAACCACAGUCAAGACUCUGAAACAACCGUGGGGGAUGUGGUAUUAUUGUCCACCUAAUUCCAGUAGCCUUUACACCUCCAUUCAUGUUGCUCAUCUUUAUAUAAUAUAAUAGGUAACUCAUGAUAAAGCUUGUAGUAGUGAAAUAAAAGCUAGUAAAAUUUGUUGAUUUCUGGUGUAAGAUUUCCAAUGUGGCUUUGAUGUUUCCUGGUCCUAGCAGUGAAUUGUUUUAUAGGAAUGUAGUAGAACUUGCUUAUCAUUACAUAACAGAAAUAAUUCAAUAGGGAUUAUUUGAUAAUCUUCCAUAGCUUCUGCUAGAAAGGAGAUAUGUAAACUUAAAAACAAUUCCAACAUUCUUUUUUAAAUAUUGAAGCUGCACACAAGAAGAAUGAAAAUUAAAAUGUACUACCUUUUUAAAACAGUCAACAUUGUACCACUAGAAUUUCUAUCAAGUAUAAGACAGUGAUGAUGUUGUAACUGUGUUAAUGCAAAUCUUGUUAAUUUAAUGCUUAGAUUGUAAAACCUAUCACAUCCAUCACUUCCUGACCACAUCAACCUUCUUAAGCCUACGUGACAAGUGGCUGUUGGGACUUGUGUAAAUCUCAAAAAUGGAUCAAAGUUGGUAUAGAUGGGCAAGACAAGUGCUCCAUCCAGGCACCAUUAUUUCUAAAGUAGAUUUAAAUGAUUGAAAGCUAUAUAUAGGAUUUUGCUAUAUAGGCAAUAGAGAUCUUUGGAUAAAACUAAUUCUUUUGCAGGUUCAUUCUUGGCGUGCAUUGCAAAAUAUAGAAAAAAAUCAAUACAUCAUACUUUUGUUCAUUUUCACCCUAUCUUCAUCAGUUGAAGUGAUGAAAUUUAUGGCUUCUUUUGCUUAUCUCUCCAGUAGUGCUGUGCAUACCAACACCAUUAUUGCCUCUGAACUUACAAAGUGAAAAGUCUCAUGGAUAAAAAAAUUUUGUUCUAUUGUAAUCCAAUUGUCUUAGUACUUCAUCUGAGGUACUUCAAGAAGCUUAGUACUUUAAAAUGUUCUAACACUAUCUCAAGCAUGCUAGUAAAGUUUCAAGAACUUGAAUUGGAUUAUUUUGGUUCUAUCUUAACAGUCAUCAUGUGGUAGAGUACAUUUUUUUUUCCAAAUUCUAUCUAUGUCUCUAUCAUGUUUUUCUUUUCUUGUUCC